AUGUCGUUCUCCGGCCGCCGCUUGAGCAUUUUGCGCCCCUCCAACAACCGCCGCUUCUCACAAAGCAAGGGGCUGUCUGACAACGAGCUACAGUCCGAAACCCAUCGCCAGUUCCGCGACGCCCAUGAGGGCCACCGUCCCCACGCCGGUCUCGACGCGUCCCGCUCUUCCACCGGGGUCGUCUGGUGCACAGAGCAAGCUUCCAAGCAUGGCUACAUCGAGGACCCCUCCAGCUGGGCCAACCUAGGCCAGGGUGCCCCCGAGGCCGACGACGAGAUCGAGGGAAGCUUCCCGCGCCCGACUUCGAUCCCCAUCAGCUCUGCUGCCCGAGAAUACGGACCGACCGCCGGUAUCAAGCCGUUGCGUGCGGCCGUGGCACGUCUGUACAAUGAGCACUACCGUCAAGGAAAGGAGAGCCAGUACACCUGGGAGAAUGUCUGCAUUGUGCCUGGUGGCCGCGCUGGAUUGAUUCGGAUUGCUGCUAUUCUGGGCAACUCUUACCUGUCUUUCCCUAUUCCCGACUACUCUGCGUACUCGGAAAUGCUGAGUCUGUUCAAGAACAUUGCUCCUAUCCCCAUUCCUCUGUCUCAAGAAGACCACUACCAUAUUCACCCCAACAAGAUUGCCGAGGAGAUUGCUCGUGGUACUCAGGUGCUGCUGACCUCGAACCCUCGUAACCCCACCGGUCACUUCGUGUCGCACGAGGAGCUGGCUGAGAUCCAGGACAUCUGCCGUGACCGCGCCACCCUCAUUCUGGAUGAGUUCUAUGGCGGCUACAACUAUACCACGAACUGUGACGGCAGCACCAUCAGUGGUGCCGAGCAUGUCGUCGAUGUCAACAAGGAUGACGUGCUGCUGAUUGACGGUCUGACCAAGCGCUUCCGCCUUCCCGGCUGGCGUAUCGCAUGGGUUGUCGGACCCAAGGAGUUCAUAGACGCCUUGGGCUCCGCCGGCUCAUACCUAGACGGCGGCGCCAACGUGCCCUUCCAAGAGGCAGCCAUCCCGAUGCUGGAGCCAUCGCUGGUGCGCACAGAAAUGAAGGCCCUGCAGUCACACUUCUGCGAGAAGCGCGACUACGUCCUCAAGCGCCUUUACGACAUCGGGUUCCGCGUACAGGACGUUCCCGAGGCCACCUUCUAUAUUUGGCUUGACCUGACCUCGAUCGACCCGCCGCUUCCCAAGGAGGCCAACAUCUCCGACGGAUUGAACUUCUUCAGCGCCCUUCUGACCGAGAAGGUCAUCGUUGUGCCCGGUAUCUUCUUCGAUUUGAACCCGGCCAAGCGCCGUGAUCUGUUCGAUAGUCCUUGCCACCACUUUGUGCGUCUGAGCUAUGGUCCUAAGAUGGACGUGCUGAAGAGGGGACUGGAUGGUAUUGAGCGUGUGAUUAAGCGGGCGCGUGAGGCGGGGACCAAGAAGUGGGAGGAUGAGGUUGCGAUUCAGGAUGAUUAG